UUGGGUGACGCACUGUUGAUUUGGGGGACUUCUAUUUUUUGAGAUUUGUUGACCUUGAUGGCCGUGGACCGGUUGGAUUCAUGCCAGACUCCAGGAUGAAUAAACAUAGUGACAGCCUCGCGAUGCUGGGAAUCGCUGGUAACGAGGUCGCCCUCGUAGUCGGUGACACCGAAGAUCAUAAAUCAACUGGCGUUUGUUCAACGUACUCUAAAGCUAAAAGACUCGCCGACCAGCGUGGCAAAAUCAAUCAAUGUUCGCUUGACCAGAAAUACUAUAUAAGAUUCCAAUCAUCUUGAGACUGCUGACCUUUGCCCCCCUCUUUCAUUACAGCUAUGUCCACAACACCGUCCCUACCGGACGCGUCCAAUAUAGCGGGACCCUUCCUCUUGGGAUACCUCUUCAAUUACGGACUGUUCGGUGUCCUGACAGUCCAGACCUUCGUCUAUUACAACGCAUUCCCCAAUGACCACGCCGCUUUCCAGACCAUAGUAUACUCUGUUUACGUUGCAGAAAUCCUACAAACUGUGAUGAUCACCUGGGACGCCUUCCAAAACUUCACUUUUGGAUUUAUGCAAGCGGAUAGUUUGAAUAAGAUGAACUUGGUUUGGUUCGACUGUUGCUUCAUCGAUGGGGCAGUUGCCUUCGUAGUACAAACAUUCUUUGCUUAUAGACUUUAUCUAUUAUCAAAGUCAAAACUGUUGACGGGGGCGAUAAUCUUCAUGGCCCUCGCUCAGUGUACGGGAGCCAUCGUUGCGGGAAUAAUAGCCAAAAAUUAUGGUGUCUUUGCAGACUUACGAGACAAGGUCUUCGUUCCGGCAUGCUUCUGGCUGGGAGGAAGUGCAGCAUGCGAUAUCGUCAUAGCGGUUUCGACGACUUACGUUCUGUCCAGAUACGAUACGACCUUCAAUGCGACAAAAGAUCUGUUGAGGCGCAUCAUCCGGCUGACAGUGGAGACUGGGAGCGUGACUGCCACUGUAGCGACGGUCGACUUGAUCGUUUUCCUCGUCUUCCCCUCAGCGACGUAUCACAUGACUCCCACUCUGAACAUAGCCAAGGUUUAUUCGAAUUCGAUGAUGGUGAUAUUCAAUAGUAGAGUCAGAAUGGUCGGUGGGCGAGACCAGUCAAAAGGGAUAAUGUCAUUCAGUUCGCAAGGGCACCUGGGCUUAGAGACACUGAACGACCAAUCGAGGGACUCGGAAAUGUUCAAGUUACGUACGUAUCGCUCGCAGCGCAGCGGAGGGACUAUGCGCGCUGAGGCUGAAGUCAGCGUUGGCGACGGUCAAACACGGUCCCAACUUCGAUCAAAUGUGGACCUUCACGCCCAUCCUAUUCAACUUAAUGCACUUGAGGUAUGUGAAAUGGUUAGAAGUGGCAUCACUGAAAGUUAACGUUUUACAACACCUCUCUAGUCAAGAGAAGACUUUCGGGAACCGACUAAGAUGGACGACUCGAUGGCUGGUCUUCCUUAAUUUGCCCCCCCCCGAGUACUCGACCACGACAUCUACCAGGCUGUUUCAAUGAACGGUUCGCCUCCGGCAGUUGACACAAUAACCCAG